AUGGGACCUGUUGCUUGUUUUGCUAGGAGGUACAGCACUACAGCAGCAUCACAUCUCUCUCUCUCUCAUAUUUGUAGUAGGAAUUCAACCAAGGCUCAUGUUCACAGGAGAAGUUCACGUAGGCAGGCAUUAGGAGUAAAGAACUUGUGCAUGAUUUGUCUACUGUCAUUUCUCAGGAUAACCAUCACUGUGAAUUUAUAUUUUGAGGGCAUUCAUGUUUCAUCUUCUUCCAUUGUAGCUGCAAUGAGCAACCUAACCCCUACGAUUACAUUUAUAAUUACAGUCUCCAUUGGAUGGGAGAAAAUAGACAUUGGAAGCAAGAAAAGCAUGGCCAAAGUUCUUGGAACCACUUGUUAUGUUCGUGGAGCCAUUUUCAUCUUAGUUCUAAGGGGCCCCAAAAUUCCAAACUUGAAUUUUCAUACACAAAAUUCUAUGUUUUUAUUGGGUUGUCUCCUCCUCCUUGCAAGCGAUUGUUGCCAGUCAUUAUGGAUGAUUUUGCAGGUCCCUGUGUCCAAGUUAUGUCCUGAAAACCCCUCUUUGUCUGCUUUGAUGUGUUUCAUGGCAACCUUACAAUCAGCUGCUCUGGCAUUAUUUCUAGAACCAGACCCAACAUCUUGGAUCAUUAAAUCAAGUUUUGAACUUCAGUGCGUCAUAUACAUAGAAUGGUGUUUAUAUUAUGUUCUAUUUUAG